AACUGUCACUGCCAGCAGUCAGCAAAAACACUGUGUUCUGACUACGUUCUGACGUUGUCUACUUUGCCUGAUUUCUGUAUUUAAAUUUACUCAUUUCUUUGUCUGUUUGCUCUUGUGAGCACCUUAUAACUAGAAAUCAAAAUGCGUUGGUUCGAAGGAGAUAUUGUUCAAGCAGUAACUCAGUCACGAGCACGAAAUGCAGUGUUUGUUGUGUUUGUUGAGGGUGAAAACGAGACUUCAGAAAAGAUAUCAGAGGCAAUUAAUGAUGUUGCUGUAUCUACAAAGUUAGAAGGAUCAAAUUUUGUAUCAAUCCACUUCAAGAGUGGAUCACAGACCUUCAAUCAAUUUUCACAAAUCUAUCGUGACCCACCUGUUCCUUCACUUUAUUUCAUUGGCCGGAAUGGUUCCCCAAUUGAAAUUGUAACUGAAAUAGGUAAUGCUAAGGAUCUUAUUGAUAAAAUUGAAAACAUUGAAAACAUUCAUCUGGGGAAGACUCCAGUAAAUCCAACACCAUCAGCACCUGCAUCAGCCCCAACAAAUGACGGUGUUGCAAAGGAAUCAGAGCCAAGUACAUCCACAGUUCCUUUAGAUGAUCGAGUAGAGCGGGCUAAGGAGCUACUAGAGGAAAAGAGAAACAAAAAGAAGCAACAGGAAGAAGAAGAGGCUCGCCAAAAGGAGAUGCAACGUCGAAAAGAGGGUCAAAAUGUCCAGGAACUCAAACGCUGGCAGCAAGAGCAAGAGUUAAAACAACUCAAAGAAGAAAGACUGAAAGAGAAAAAAAUGGAACAAGAAGCCAGACAACGAGUACUGGAUCAGAUAGCUCAAGACAGAGCCGACCGAAAUGCCCGGAAUGCCUCAUCAGCAUCUUCUCCUUCAGUUGCUCAACAAGGAAUCAGUGCCCCCACAUCAGCAGCAAGGAACAGUAAUGAGGCCCGCCUACAAUUUAGGCUGCCAGAUGGAUCAACCUAUUCUAAUAGAUUUGAUGCUGAUGCUACCCUUGGUGAAGUACGACAGUACAUACUUACUAAUGUAACUCUUCCCUUUAGAGAUUUUUCUUUAGCUACUAUGUUUCCUCGUCGUGAGUUCUUUACCCAAGAUAACACUUCAACUCUACGUGAUCUUGAGCUUGUACCAUCUUCAGUAAUGCUUAUUCUUCCGGCUGGUGGUAGAGUUGUGGCAAGUCAGAACAACACUGGAUUAAUUGGGUUGGCUCAAACCCUCUUAAUGUUCUUAACAUACCCAGUUACGCGCUUGUUCACAUUCAUUCGCCAAAUCUUUUCUGGACCGCCAUCAAAUGGGGGAAACACCACUUCAGCUGCACCUACACAAUCUCAAAGACAAGGAAGCAACCAACAAGACAAAAGACCACAACGGCGGAGUGGAGGAGCAUACCGUAGAUCUGGUAACAGUAAUGUGCACCGUUUACAUCAAAAUCAGUCAUCAUCAGAUGAUGAAAAUAAUACAUGGAAUGGAAACUCAACACAGCAAAUGUAAAGGGACAUUUGUGUCUCAAUGUACAUUUGACAGUCAUCCAGUAUUUCAUCCAGCUGUGAGAAAGGAAUAUUCAAUAAUGUAUAGAAAUAUUUUCUCUUUGUUUGAUUUUUAAAAAUGUUUCUUCAAGUUAAAAAAUACUGUAUUUGUGUAAAUGGUGUUAAGUUUCUAUGUGAGAUAUGACAUUGUGACAGGGAAGUUCAGUUCUGUUUCGAUAUCUUCAUUAUGUUUGUGGUUUGCCUGACAUGUUCUGAGAAGUUCUCUUUUACAGAGGGUCUGUGAUUUUACACAUUUAAACAUCUGUUUGAGGAAUUAAAGUCAUUACCAUUGAAA